GGGCAGGAGCCCCGGAGGCACAGCAUGACCUGGCUCAUCACACUGCCAGCCCUGCUGCUCACGGUGGCGGGCGCUCAGGAGGUCCAGCAGUCUCCCCUCUACGCGGCAGCCCCAGAGGGGGCCUCCGUCCACAUCGCGUGCCUGACCCGCGGGGCCCUGGACGGGCUCUACCUGGAGCGGACCUGGCCCGGGCCGGCCAAUGUCAUCUACUACGAGGACGGGAGAGCACCCACCGUGGACCGGAGGUUCCGCGGCCGCAUCCACUUCUCGGGGACCCAGAACAACCUGAGCAUCUCCGUGAGCCGCCUGGCGCCGAACGACUCCGGGGUCUACGCCUGCAAGGCCGUCUCGGAGAGAAGCGUCCGGAGCCGGGGCACCAUGGUCACCGUGACAGGAAAGCCGUCCCAGGGAGCGUGCGCGUGCCGGGAGGCCCGGCCGACGUGGGCGGCCGCCGCGGGGCUGGCCGUGGCCGGCCUCCUCUCGGGCCUGGGCCUGGGGACGCUGUGCCUGCGGACCAGGGCGCAGGUCAGUGGGAGUCAGCCCCCUGCCGGGCGCAGGCCACGCGGGAAACCCCAGCGCUCGCCCCAUCCUCGCCCCACGGUCAGGAAGCUCUCCGGGGCCACCGCCCCCCCAUGUGUGGUGUACGAGGACAUGUCCUUCAGCCGCGGCGACAGCCAGCGCCGCUGA